AUACACUCUGUUAAAUAAAGCAUAACCACAAGAAGUAUAUAUGAAAAUUAGUAGAAGUACUAGAACAACUUGUACGUUUAUAUUACUUGUCUGUUUUUUGAUCUCUCAACUGAUGGUCAAUAAUGUUGUUUCUGAGUGUAAAAGAAAUAUGGUGAUUUUCAAUUUUGGGGAUUCGAACUCAGACACAGGUGGUUAUCCAGCUGCCCAUGGGAUUAGAUUUGGAUUUCCAGAUGGUCGUACUUUUUCCCAUCAACCAUCUGACAGAUUGUGUGAUGGACGAUUGAUUCUUGAUUUCCUUUGUGAAAAUCUCAACAUGAAUUAUUUGACUCCAUAUCUGGAAUCUAUACGACCUAAUUUUAAGAACGGGGCAAAUUUUGCAAUAGGAGGUGCAAGUACACUCCCCAAAAAUGUUUUAUUUAGUCUCAGCACUCAAGUUCUUCAAUUUGUAAGGUUUCUUCAGUUACAAUCCACAGGUUUGGAAGACUUGGUUGAGAAAGACGAUUUGAAGAAUGCACUAUACAUGAUAGACAUAGGACAGAAUGAUCUUGCUGGUGCAUUCACUUACCUUUCUCAAGCUCAAGUUAUUGAAAAGAUCCCUUCUUUCAUAUCUGAAAUCCAAGAUGCAAUCCUGGGAAUAUACAAACAUGGAGGGAAGAAUUUUUGGAUUCACAACACAGGACCCUUGGGCUGUUUACCACAGAAGGUUGCCACAAGAAAUGCAAGUAAUUUGAACGAUCUUGAUGAUUAUGGAUGUGUUAAGUCAAUGAACGAAGCAGCGGAAGCAUUUAACAAUCAGCUGCGCGAUCUUUGUAAACAACUGAGGCUCCAAAUGAAGGACGCAACCAUUGUGUACGUGGAUAUGUAUGCCAUCAAGUAUGACCUCAUAGCUAAUUCUAGCACUUAUGAACACCACAUGUCUGAACUUAGGUCCACCUCUAUAUAUGAUCUAGCGAGGAGAUCAUGGGUUCACGUGAAUCCGAUGACGCCACCGGGAUACGGCCCUGGGUGGAGAUGGGAGGAUCAUUGAUGUAUCUUUCAACUUUAUUUGACACUUGGCUCCUUUUAUCACCCUACAAAUUGCAACAGGAGUUAUAGUCCACAAAUUUUUAGGGUGCCAGACAAAAUCAUUUGUUUUGCAAUUCCAACAGCAAAAAAGAUGGGAAAUAAGUAUGAAUAAAGUGUAAAGGAAGAAGGAAUAGUUGUUGAUCAAUACAUGAAGAAGGAAGGAAACAAAAUAAGUGCGGUGCAUGCUUUAAUUUUUGUGUUAAUUUUGAACUUUCACUAUUGCUAUUGCUUCUCAUUAUGCCAUAUAUAUUCAUGCAUGAGAUGGAGAAGUUAGUGGAGGUUUCUCUCUUUCUUUCGAAUCACCUAAAGCAAAUACUUAUGUUUGAUAUAUGCACUUGAUUGGCUUCGAAUCGAGCUUAAAUUGUAUAUAGUAUACAUCUUAAGUUUAACUUGAGUAAUAUAUUAUUUGAAUGGAAAAGGUCAGUAAGUUGACGUCUUAGGUAAAAGUUGUUAAAUUUUAGUGAAUGGUAUAAUGGUCGAUUCCAGUUUCUUUAAUUAGAACUUGUGGAAGGACUGAUAUAUAUUAAAAUAUGAUAUAAGGAUACUGUCAUAUGUAUCAUCCAAAGAAAUGGUAAUGGUGCUUGUGCUCCGGAAGACUUCAAAUCAUACACAUGAGGUAUGGGCGAGAUAUAUUAAAAUCUGAAAUAUCUAAGUGAGUUUUUUCUUAAUUAGUAUGUUCGGUGCAGAAUCCAAAUUGCAUUAGGAUUCUUUAAAAUGAAUGAAGGAGUCUUAAAAAAAUCUCAAAUUCUGCAUAAAGCAUGAAUCAGAAAGUAGACAUCACGCAGAGUUCAACUUACAUUAGGAUUCUUUAAAUUGAAGGAGUCUCAAAUAAAAAAAGAUCUAAAAAUACAGAAAACACGAAUCUGAGUAUACAUACAUAUGGAUAGACCAAGAGAGUCCAAGAACGAAGAAAGUUCAAGAAGCAUGAGAGUCAUUGUGGAUGAAAUUAGAAGUUUGCUUGGUUGUGAAGAUCAAUAUUGUUAUAAAUAUUAAAGGACUUUUAAAACGAUAUGUAUGCACUUAUUCUGAGAGAGAAAAAGAUAGACUACGAGAAAGCAAGCAAGGACAAUAUUUUCACAUAGUUCUGUCUAGCUAUCUAAGUGCUAUCAGUACGAAUAACCAGAUUGAAAAAUCUAUUUCAUAGGAUUAUGUUUUACAGUUCUUAAGUCUAUAGUUCUAAUUAGUGUUAACUCGAGUUGUAUUUUUUCAUACUUUCUUAGAGCCAGUUUGUUAUAAACUGGUAUGGGUGUUUGAUCUUCAAUUGGGAUAACUCAAUACUUGGAAAACACAAACUUUGGGAGGUCUGUGUGUUUUAUAAAUUAGAGCUAGUUACUAGGAUUGCAAGAAUUUUUUAAUCUAAAUUGUAGGUCCGAGUAGGAUUCAACAGUUUGGAGAGAUUGUUGAAUAUUAAGAAUUAGAGUUUAUAAUUCUUAAGGUUAGAAAGUUUGUAAUCUUUUGUUGAGAGACUCAUAGUAUUUAGUAAAGUUGAGGUUAAAUCCGGUAGAGAUAUAAGUCGUAGAUUUUUACACCUUUCGUGAGCCGAGUAUAAUCUACGUAAAACUAUUGUGUUCAUUACUUAUUGGUUUUACUGCUUCCGUUAGAGCACGUUAAGCUAUUUGCUUCACUCAUAGGCAACUCGUAAAUUCACUAAAACACUAGAUCAUGUACAAUAUCAUAAUAAUUUUUAAUAUUUUUAAUUUCUCAACCCGCUCAUUUAGCACCCUAAUAGUAUGUCUUUUAGCCUCAAAGAUUAUUCCUUAUUGAUUGAUUAAAGUUAUGAUAUAUUACUAUAUUUAAUGGGAAGCAUCAACUCACCAAGCAUAAUCUCAAUUAAUGUUGUAUUUUUUAAGUCAUUUGAUUAACUACAAUGUACGUACUUGUUGCACUAUUCCAUUAUGGUAUUUAAAUGCGUUACUGGUGUGAACUAUUUAUAGUGUGCUUUUUCUUGACGUCAUUUUAUUGAUAGAAGCUCUUGCAUUCGUCCAAAUAAAGUAUUUGAUGCAUUAAUACGAAUGCGUUGGUUUUGAUACCUUUGAUUGGCUAAAAACAUGAAUGGAAAGAGAAAAAGAGAUUCCUUCACAAGCACUUUUAAAUAAAGAUACUAAUAAUACUUUAUAGUACAAUAUUGGCAACAAAUUAUUAGGAUGUUUGCUGGUGUAUAUAUAAUCUAUCUUUUUUUCUUUUAUUUCUCACUCGGUGUUUGAUAUUUGCAUUAGAGUUCAACUAAUUUAAAUUUGCACUGAGUAGGACCCCAUUCGAAGAUAGCGCUCCUUACCAAAAAAAAUUUCAUACCAGCGUUCGAACCCAAAACCUCUAAUUAAGGGAGGAGCAGUCACAUUCACUACACCACAUCCUUUGGUGGCGCAUGUAUAGUCUCUUCAAUAUGCUCUAUUUGGUGAUUAUUUCUGCUUUCAUCCAGUAUUUUUAUAUAAUAAAGAAAAAACCCUAAGUGGUACUUGUAAUAAUGAGUGAUGAUUAAGGGAACCCUUGGUAAGCAAAAGAAUUGAAGCUGCACAAAUCUCCAUUUUAGUCCAACGAAUAAGUGAUUUAACUAUGAAAGUGAGAAUCUUAAUUAAGGUGGUUGUUGGGUGAUGGCCCGUUCCUAUUAAGUUGCUGAAAAUUGCACUUAAAUAUAGCUCGAGUAGUUAAUACAAAAUUUAU